AUGUUGUGGCAUCAGCUGUUGGUCUUUGCUAUAGCCAGUCUGUCGCUGGCGCAGCUGCAUUCAGCGAAGCACGUCGAUGCUGCGGCUGGUGAAUGCAGUGGGAACUUCACUCGUCUAGGCGACAAGUGCCUGCUGGUAGUCAGCAAGUGGGGCGAUUGGUUUCAAGCCGAUCGCGACUGUCGCUCCAGAGGAGCUGGUCUGAUAAGUCUGCAGAAUGAAACCCAGUAAAAUCUGCUCAUCGGCUGGCUGCACGUAAUGGCUCCCUACACAAUGGAAUUCUGGACCUCGGGCAACAAUUAUGGCAAUGCUACUCAAUUCUACUGGCAGAGCACGGGUCUGCUGGCUAACUAUUUACCCUGGGCUGAUGGCUCACCAAAUCUGAACGAUGGCAACUGCCUGACGCUCUAUGCCGCCACCUACGCCAAUUGGGGCGUGGCCAAUUACCGAUUGGUGGUCCGAGAUUAUGACUACUCUUGCGCCCACAUCUGCGAGCAGCAGCCGCAAAAGAAGGAGAAACACAAAUGCUUUUGGUGAAUGCAAUAAUUAAUGACGGAAACUAAUUAAACUGCUCAGCUGAAUUUCAAUUAAAUAAAAUUCGAUUGAUAUGAAAC